GCUGGCCGCCGGAAAAUAGAAGAAAAAGAAGAUAAAAAGAGGAAGAAAAAAAAAUAACAAUACCAAAAGACAUAUUCAGUCGCUGGAUUAAGAAGAAGAAGAAGAAGAAAGAAAUUAGAAAUCAUUGCUUACCGGAGUUUCGGAAGUCACCGGAGCUCAUUGCCGGUCGCCGGAAUCAAACUUAUGAGGUGAAUGGUAGCAGCCGCAGUCACCAAUUUCAGGAACGAGUAUGACUGCCAAGAAAAACAAGAAAAAGAGGAACAAUGCGGCUGCUUCUAGUUCUGGAGGAGUACCUCAAGACAAUAAAACCCCGAAGGAACUAAAGGCUAAAGGUAAACUUGCAAAAAAGUCCCCCAACUUAAAGUCUGCACAGAUGAAAGAAGCUGAGGCCACUCCACAAUCUCAAUCCAGAAACAAGGUGAAGAACGUAAAAGAUGGCAACAAAGGAAAUAAUGCUGAGGCCACUCCACAUUCUCAAUUCAGAAACAAGGAGAAGAACAUAAAAGAUGGCAAUCAAGGAAAUAAUGCCGAGGCCACUCCUCGUUCUCAAUCCAGAAACAAGGAGAAGAACUUAAAAGAUGGCAACCAAGGAAAUAUUUUGGAUAAAAAAGAUGCUAGGAAGUCCCUAAACAUAAGCAGUGGAAACAAAGGAAAGGGAAGUACAGGUGAAAUGAGUGUAGAUGUGGAGAAGGACGGAAAAGCUGAAAAGGGUGUUGGUGGAGUGAUUUUCAUGUGCAAUGCAAAGACCAAAGACGAUUGUUUUAGAUAUCAUGUGAUGGGUCUCUCAGCUAUGAAGAAAGACAUUAUUUUGGGAAUCAAACCUGGUCUCAAGCUUUUUCUCUUUGAUUUUGAUCUUAAGCUCAUGUAUGGUAUUUAUGAGGCAUCAUCUGCUGGUGGAAUGAAGCUUGAACCAGCGGCAUUUGGUGGGGACUUUCCAGCGCAGGUUCGCUUCAGGAUUGACAAGGACUGUCUUCCAUUGCCGGAGAAUUUGUUCAAGAGAGCAAUUAAAGACAGUUAUGAUGAAAGGACUCACAAGUUCAAGAUUGAAUUGACAUUUAAACAGGUAGAGCAGUUGAAAAAGCUGUUUAGGCCUGUACCACGGUUACAUCCAACUUCCAUACAUUCUGUGUCAGAGCCAGAUACUCUACCCCCAUCAGCAGCACAUUUGCCUAUCAAGGAACCUUCCAGGGAGCAUGCAUAUGGAAUGCAAUACAGUAGAAGCAAAGCAGGUGAGAAUUUUUCAUCAUUUGGUCAUGAAAGGGAAAGUCAGCAGCAUGCAGGCCGCCGUAUCAUGCCUAGAGAGGUUGACAGUCAACCGCGUUUCCUCACUGAGAAAGAAUAUAGAAGCUACGGUCUUCAAUCAGCCAAGUAUUUGCAGCCCACUGCUCCUGCAGUAGUUGAUCGCACAUUGGAUCAGUAUGAAUUUGAACAAGGAAGGGAACAUCUCCGAAGAAAUCCUACCAGUGUUGGGGAUGAUAUGGCUUUAGCACAAAAAGAAACUGUACACACUGAUCCUUUGUUUCCAAGUGAAAGGGAGUAUCGAACUUUUGGCCUCAAGGCUCGCAGUGAAAUACCUGCUACUAUUGCUCCUGCUGUGGAAGGUAGUGCUACAGGAACUUCAACCGCACCUUCUAAUCAUGGUUUCCUAAAUCAUGUUAAGGAUACAUAUAAUCCUUAUGAUGAGAGUACUACCUCACUUGUAAACCGAUAUCUCUCUCUGCCUAGGACGGUGGUAACACCUGGAGACUCAUACGCUUCUCGAGGCAGAGAUUCUUUUGCAAGUGAUCCCUAUUCUGCAAUUGGCAUCAGAGGCCAUACCGGAGAAUUUCACACUGAAAAUGAAAGAGCAUAUCCACCAACAGGAAGAUUCCACCCGGAAAAUGAAAGAGCAUAUCCACCAACAGGAAGAUUCCACCCGGAAAAUGAUAGACCAUAUCCACCAGCAGGAAGAUUCCCCCCUGAAACUGAAAGAGCAUAUCCACCAUCCGUAAGAUUCCACCCUGAAAAUGAAAGAGCAUAUUAUGCUCCUCAAUUACCACCAGAUUACGACUUGAAAUAUCACCAUGUUAUGGAUGAGCCUAGAUACCCAACUUCAGUCUCAUCUCGCUAUGCCUUUGGGGGACCAUCUGCACCUCGUCGCUGAACUGCUGCAAUCUGUUUAACUUAUGUUUAUGAAGCUGAUGAGCUACCGGUCAUGUUCAUACACAAAGAACUUGUGUUACUCAGAUGUGCUCAUGGCAACGACGAGGUCAAUUCUACAUGUCUUCUCUGACAGGUUCUGGAUUGAAAAGAUUACAGACUGUAUUUCCCAUUUUCAUCCUGUACAAGGGGAGAAACAUAAUCCUGAGACCUUCCUUUUGGGUUGUUUCUUGAAUUUGUUGUUUGUGACGUAAGGAAAAACUUGAUGCUGUUUAUUUGUUUCAUGCAAUCUGAUGUUUAUUCAUAUGUAGUAGGGUCAUUGUGUUGAGAAUGAUGUAGCUUCGCAUGUAUGCUUGAGAUUCACAAUGUACCAAUUGGCGGUGCAUGAGGUUAUAUUGACAUGUCACUUGUUUUUAA